ACUAUGGCUUUGUUCUAAGCAUUAUCAGAAGAAAUAUCUUUUAGUUUCAUAUUGACUGGUGGCUCAUCCAUUUUGAUAUUGCUAAUAAUCAGCAAAGUUAGAGUUUCGAUGCAAAUUAAUACUUGUUUGACUGCUGUUUAUCCGUAAACAUACUAAGUUGAACCAAUAAGUUUUUCAAGCCGAAAGUUUUAUUCCUAUUUCUCCUGACCAAAAAAUCCGAAUCUUCAUAAUCAAAAUAUGCAAAAGAAAAAUAAGCGUAGAUUUGGUCAUCGCAAACAUCUAGAUUCAAUUCGAGGAAUCGCUUGUUUAUUGGUUAUUCUAUUCCACUGUGAAAUACCGCUUUUUUCAAACGGGUACUUAGGAGUUGACGUUUUCUUCACACUAUCUGGUUUCUUAAUAACUUCAAUAUUACUUGAAGAGUUAUCAGACAGAGGUGAAAUUGACCUGGUCAGAUUUUAUUGCCGACGUUUUUCACGACUUUUUCCUGCCUCGUGUGUUGUUUUAGUUUCUACAACUUUUGUUUACAAACAAAUCGAACUAACCGAAUAUGUCGACAAACAUAAGUCUUCAUUUUUUGCAUCGGCAUUUUAUGUCGAAAACUGGCAUGCGUUAAAAUCUUCAAUGGAUUAUUUUACCGACGACGCUUCAGACCAAAGUCCCGUAAUGCAUUAUUGGUCACUUUCAAUCGAAGAACAAUUUUACCUGUUUUUUCCAUUACUUCUUUCAUUAUUAUGGCAUAUUUGCCAGAAAAAUUUGACCCAAUUAAUCUACUUAUUUUCUAUCAUUUUGCUGUUUGCAACAAGUUUUAAUUAUUAUCUAUGGUCGCAAAACGCAAUGAUGUCUUAUUUAUCAACUUUCGGACGCCUAUAUCAAUUGCUUGCAGGUUCCUUGCUUUCUAUUUUUGUCGUCAUCGGUAAAAUGAAAGAUACUUUUAUCGACAAAAAUAAAGCGAGCUUCAAAACAUUAACCGAUAUCAUUUCUGGUUUGUUAGUAACUUUUUUCGCUGUUACACUUUUUUAUUUUAGAAAUUCAGAAACUUUAUAUAUGGGUCAAUUGAGUGUCCUCUUAUCAGUGAUGAUUUUUGCUAUUCUUGAGAUAUCAUCUGAUAAUGGGAAAAUUAGACUAUUAUUAUUUGAGAACAGUUUCUUGUGUUACAUUGGCAAGUUAUCAUACAGCAUGUAUUUAUGUCAUGUUCCGAUUACAAAAUUUGGGGAGAUCCUGGAAACUUUUUCUGUUAACGAAUAUUUAAGGGCAGCUCAAAUUUUGGGGUUCAAGAAGAAAUACGAAAAGUUCUAUUAUAUCGACUUGGGUGAAUUAUUAUUUUCAAACACUUCAGAAUCAUUUUCAUUUGACGCUUUGGAUGGAAAUGUUGCAGUUUGGGAUGAUUUGAACCACAUCAGUCCGGCUUUUGCUAAGAAAAAACUUCAAGAUAUGGUCAAAGAACUGAUGAACCAAAAUGUUUCAAUUAUUUAA